AUGCAUCUGUCUAGCAUCUUACUCAUUGCGGGCUUCACUGCAGCGCGCGUGCUUCCGCGUCAAGAGGCGACUAAAUGUACGAAUCCCGUUAAGCGUGUCGAGUUCCGUACCCUAGACAACGUCGCCCGCAAGCAGUAUACGGAUGCCGUCAAAUGCCUGACCACCAAGCCCUCAAUGCUCGGCCUGAGCACAACCUUAUACGAUGACUUUGUCUACGUGCACACUCAACUCAACACAGAGAUUCACUAUGUCGCCCAGUUCCUGCCCUGGCACAGAUACUUCGUGCAUCUUUACGAGAAGCAACUUAAUGGCUGUGGUUACACAGGCCCCAUGGUGUACUGGGAUUGGACCCUCGAUGUCGCAGAUGUAGCUGGGUCUGAUAUAUGGGAUGCUGAACACGGAUUCGGCGGCAAUGGCGGUAACAAGACUGAAAAAACAGCCGAUGCUCAUAACAGGGAAUGGAAAUGCCUGACCGACGGGCCCUUCAAGGACAUACGCCCGGCCUAUGUCCUGACAGAAUAUGCACCGCACUGCUUAUCGCGCGACUUCUUCGACGGCACCUCUCGACCCGGAACUAUGCGUAGCUCGGCCUACACACCCGAGGCUAUCGCCACCAUUAACGCUCUAGACACCUUCGUUGAAUUUGAGUUCGAACUCGAGAACCGGCCACAUGGCUCCAUCCAUAGCGCAGUUGGUGGCAAAAUGGGCGACAUGGGUCCCUCUUCGUCACCCAAUGAGCCAUUGUUCUUUUUGCACCAUGCCCAAGUCGAUCGCCUGUGGUGGUUAUGGCAGCAGGGUAACCCGUCAGUCCGCAACACCGAAUAUGCUGGCAAACGCGAAAUCACUCCAGGCGCUGGUGGCCGCCCCCUCCCCCCUGGUGAGGUGGCUCCUGUGGAUCCUCCCGCUGCUCUCACCGACGUUAUGCCCUUUAUGAAACUGGCAGACGAUCUGCCUGUCUCCGCUAUUAUGACCACAGAGAACGACCUGUUAUGCUAUACCUACUAA